AUGUGCAGUCUGAGCAGGAACAACGUUGGACCUGAGGGCAUGGGCGCCCUCGCAACAGCACUUGGCAACUUGACAAGCCUGCAACAACUCAACUUGUCAUCGAACGAGCUUGGGUGCGACGGCAUGCGCGCCCUCGCAACAGCACUUGGCAACUUGACAAGCCUGCAACAACUCGACUUGUCAUCGAACGAGCUUGGGUGCGACGGCAUGCGCGCACUCGCAACAGCACUUGGCAACUUGACAAGCCUGGAAACUCUCAGUUCGCGGGGCAACAACGUUGGACCUGAGGGCAUGGGCGCCCUCGCAACAGCACUUGCCAAGUUAUCCAACCUUCAACAACUCGAGUUAGUGCGUGUGUUUGCGCGCGCGUGUGUGUGUGUGUGUGUGUGUGUGUGUGUGUGUGCUGUACGGCCGAUUCUGCAUGUCAGGGUGGCUGAGCGUGUUUUUCAUGCCGCUCGCUUUUACCUGAUGUAUUUGUUGUGCGAGGUUGUGACCUCAUUCACAUCACCACUCUGCGUGAUGAUUGCACUCUUGUCAUCGAACGAGCUUGGGUGCGACGGCAUGCGCGCCCUCGCAACAGCACUUGGCAACUUGACAAGCCUGCACACUCGAGUUAGUUAG